AUGAACUCACUCAAUGGCGCUACGAAUAUAAGAAAUAAUUUAGAAGUAGAGAAUUAUAACGGUUUAUAUAAACAUAGACUGAAUUUUUAUCAAGAUGCACCUUUAUUAGAGGUUAGCUUGGAGGAAUUUGAAAGUUGGGCUAUAGAUAGACUGAAGGUUCUCGCUGAAAUCGAAGCUUCUCAAGUGAGAAACAGAUCGUUCCAGGAUAUGCGAACUGUCAUUCAAACACAAUGCAAGAAGCUAUUGAACCUUUCAAGCAAUACUAUGCGCUCAUCUACCCUCGACGCUGAGAGGAAGAAGGAUCAUGUCAGCCAUUACGUUCUCAGACUGGCCUUCUGUAGAUCAGAAGAACUCAGACGGCGGUUUGUCAAAGCAGAAACAACGCUCUUUAGGAUACGCUUCGAUGACGCCAGUACGAGUGAACGAAACGCGUUUCUGCAGUCUUUGAAAAACAGCCAAUCAAGUAGAAUAGAUUGGGAAGAAGUGGAUUCUAUCGAAAAAGAGAGCUUGAAGGAUUUACUAACAAACUCAAAUCCUGCUAUCGCUAUUUCAAAGUCAGGAAAUGAGUUUGACAAGGAGACAUACUACAAGGUGAAGUGGACACAAGUACCAGAAUUGGUCGAAAGACGUCGCGUGUUUUUGAAAGAAGGCUACGCAUACGUACCAAUGCGCGAUCAAACAUCGCUUAUUAUGAACUCCUUUUCAUCACAGUUAACGCAAGCUUUAGAAUACACAGCUAAAGCACUCCCACGUCUCGACGAAGAUAGCAGACUUUUACCAGUUUUGUCUCACCUCUCUAUGUCAUUCCUCGCUGGUUUAUCAUCCGAAGCCUUCGACCCUGCAACAUAUAGCUCAGAUAGGAAGAUAUCAGCAGAAUCUAUCGAUAUACUCGCAAAGAAGCAUUUCCCAAUGUGUAUGCGUAAUCUUCAUGGCAACCUCCAAUCAAAUCACCAUUUGAAACAUUUCGGCAGAUUACAAUACUCACUUUUCUUAAAAGGUAUUGGUUUAAGUGUUGACGAAGCCAUAGUAUUUUGGCGCAAAAGUUACGGUGCUAGCAUAUCAGAUGAUAAAUUUAACAAAGAGUAUCGUUACAAUAUACGCCAUAAUUAUGGUUUAGAAGGUAGCAGACGUGCGUAUCCACCACGAUCAUGUCAAAAAAUUAUCACACAAGAUCAACCAGGUCCACAAGACAAUCACGGUUGUCCAUUUAGACAUUUCUCACUUGACAAUCUUGUACCUUCCUUGCGAGCAACUUAUGGUAUAACCGACGCAAAUGACCUCAACGAGAUAACAGGCGCAGUUAAAGCUCAGCAUUUCCACGUUGCAUGUACAAGGGUAUUUGAAAUUACUCAUGCAAAUAAGGGAGUCACCAAAGGUGAUGGAUUGGGUAAUGGUGAAAGUGUAAACCAUCCAAAUAGGUACUUUGAAAGAUCAUUACAACUAUCAGAAGAUAAUUCAACUGAACCAAUGGUUGUAGAUGCUUCUUCAUAAGUUUUUUAUACCAUACUUCUGUAAAUUAUGAACUUAUUCUAUUAUCAAA